AUGACAUCUGCUGCCUUCAAUGCUGAGCUGGUAAUAUCACAUCUCGAGAAAGCGUGUGUAGAAGACGGUGAUGUUCGCUUACUUGAUUACAUUGAAGCUUAUCGAGAACUGAACAAAUUGUUUGCAUCGUUUGGAAAAAUUUUUACUUUUGUCGAAAGCGAUGUUCGAACCAAAGAGCAAAUAUUAGACAAUUAUUGCACCGAAGAUAGCGAACAUUAUGUAACGGUUAAAUCUAUGGUUAACUGGGAAAUAAAGGAUGGCAUUCCACCAAAAAAAGAAGGGUCUAGAACUUUACUUCGACUUCAUCGAGCUUUAGAGUUCCUCAGUGAAUUUCUGGCCGACUUAAAAGAUCCAAAAAAAGGUGACCAGCUUUCUACAUUAUGCAGAGAAAGCUACGGACGGACACUGGCAAAGUAUCAUAGUUUUAUUAUCAGAAAUGCUGUUGCACUUGCAAGCUUUACCUUGGGUUCAAGAGAAGCGUUCAUAAAAAAUUUGGCUUCACAAAGUAAUGUGGUUAACCCGUCAGAGGAGCAGAUCACCGAAACUAUUGAUAGACUUAUUUCUGCCUCUAAAAUUGUCUACCAAAGAGUUCAAGUCAUUUACAGCGAUAAUCAACUGCUUGAUCUGCCUUAG